AUGGCUCAUAAUAAUAAUAACUUUGCGUCAAGCAAUAGUAGCACCUCUUCAAGACAUACUUCCGUCGUAGAAAUGUUAUCAUCACCCAAUAUGCAUUCUGAAACGCAUGGUGAUGAUACUAAAUUGUCUUCAGUUCCCAUGGAUACAACACCGUCUGAAAGAAUUAAUAUUGUGCACGAAUCCCAAUGGCAACAUAUAAAGUUGUCUCAAAUUAUCGAAUCAAACAAAUUGGUAUUCGUCAAUAGCUCAGUCUCCGUUGAAGAAGCUUUUAAUACUCUAAUGAAAAAUCGUUUAAGAUCUGUUCCUGUGGAAAAUGAGCCAAAUGAUAUGAAUUGUGUCACUUUUGAUUUUAAUGACUUAAACGCAUAUUUAUUACUGGUAUUAAAUAAAAUAACGGUCAAUAAUGAAAAAGUCACUAAAGAUUGUCAAAACGGUAAACCCGUUCCAGUUGGUGAAAUUGUUAAAUUGACUCCAAAAACUCCCUUUUAUAAAUUACCCGAAACAGAUAACUUAUCGACGGUUAUGAGUAUAUUAGGUUCCGGGGUUCAUAGAGUGGCAGUUACAGAUGAAAAAAUGACGAAAGUUGAAGGUAUACUGACUCAACGUCGCCUGAUCAAAUAUAUUUGGGAUAAUGCAAGAAUUUUUAGUGAUCUAGAACCACUUUUUAAUAUGUCAUUAAAAGAUCUUAAAAUUGGUGUAUUAAAUUCUUCUUCAAAACCAACUUCAAGACAAUCUCGUGUUAUCUCCAUUAAUGGUGAUGAACCAUUGAUAAUGGCUUUACAUAAAAUGUUUGUUGAAGGUAUUUCUUCAAUUGCUGUGGUUGAUAAUCAAUACAAUUUGAUUGGUAAUAUUUCAGUAACAGACGUCAAACAUGUAACAAGAACUUCUCAGUAUCCUUUAUUACAUAAAAAUUGUAGGCAUUUCAUCUCAGUUGUAUUAAAUUCGAGAGGUUUAGAAACUGGUAAAGAUUCAUUCCCAAUUUUCCACGUUUAUCCAACAUCUUCACUGGCAAGAACGAUAGCAAAAUUAGUAGCAACAAGAUCUCAUAGAUUGUGGAUUGUGCAACCACCAGAAUCAUCUUCAACUAAUACUAUCCCAACCGCAACUUCAACUUCUUCUUCUAUUCACACACCAUCUCAUUCACAUUCUCCAUCACCACUAAUGACCGCAAUCGAUGAUAAAAAGUUAAGUAUACCAACUACUCCCAACCUUUUCGAAAAAGAGUAUAGAACUGGUAAAUUAAUUGGUGUCGUUUCAUUAUCUGAUAUAAUCAACCUUUUUUCAAGAAAAAAUAAUCACGAUAAUCAUAAUGAAAGUAUGGAUACGGAUCCACAAAGUGCAAGAAAACAAAGGGGAAGUAUGAGCCAUUAA